AUGGUUGACCCCAUAUCUAUACUCGGCCUAGUAGCCCAAGUUUCCCACCUCAUCCGACGCGCCUACGACUACGGCAAAGCAGUCCACGAUGCCCAAAGUGAUAUGCGCAAGCUCUACACUGAGCUUCUCGCUCUGAAGGGUGUAUUAGAACAACUUGAAGAAUUAGAUAUCGCGUCCGCAGAGCCUGACAUAGCCGAUUUGAAACGCUCCACAGAGUUUCGCAGCACUUUAUCUUCGACUUCAGAGCUUUUAGGUCGUCUUAUGGAGAAUCUCAAUAAGAAACAAACUUCAUCUCGUCGAGUGAAUGCGUUUCUAUGGCCAUGGGUAAAAGAUGAUGUGAAGGCGGAUAUUCAAGAUCUUGAACGUGUGAAGACUUGGUUGAUCGUGAUGAUGAUGGCUGACAGCUCUCCCAAAAGGCUCCAUGCUAAGGUCAUUAAAAAGAGAAUGGCGGGUACUGGAUCAUGGCUCCUAGACGGCGACUUCAGAGCCUGGAUGGACGGUGGUGCAGACUCCCCCAGAAUCCUCUGGCUUCGUGCUGGUUCCGGAAAAACAACAUUACACGCCGCUGCUGUCGAAAAGCUCAAGCUAGUGCAGCAAGAAGAUCCUAACAUCGGUCAAGCGUACUUCUACUGCUCUUUCGAUGACAGAGAAUCUCAACAGCCUCUCAAUAUUCUUGGGUCUAUCUUGUAUCAACUCUCAGAACAUCAUCCCGAAGCCCUGACAAGUAUCGAUAAAUUGCGCAAAUCCGGGGAUAUCUUGGGAGAGAGUGUCCUCAUGAGACUAAUCUCAGAACACAUGUCAAGUUUCGAAAGGUUCUACAUAUCAGUUGAUGCAAUUAACGAGAGUCUUAGGUGCAUGGAGGUGUUUGAGAUGCUUCUACAUCUCAUUGCCGUCAACCCCAACGUGCGACUGUUUAUCACAGCCAUAUCUAGCUGUUCACAUUGGCUAGAUGAUCUUCAACUGGAAGAACCACCGAACAUGAUUGAGGUUGAUAUGGGUACAGGAGAUGCUGAUAAAGAUAUCGGCUUCUAUAUUAUGACCAGGAUUAGCGAGGAGCGUCUUCUCAAACGACUGAGCAAUGAGACGAAACUCCAGUUGCGCGAGAAGGUAUUUGGUAGCGCGAAUGGAAUGUUUCGGUACGCCCAAUGUCAACUUGACUCCCUCAGCACUCUCCGAACAGCUAAGAUGGUCUUACAGGCCCUGGAUAAUCUCCCAAAGGAUAUUUACGAAGUCUACGAAAGGAUUCUGCUCAGCAUUCCCGAAGCAGACAUACUUCUCGCUCGGGAAUCUCUCUUCUUCCUCUCUGUGGCGCUGCGGCCACUUACCAUACAAGAGCUGGCAGAAGCUGCAGUUCUGGAAGAUUACAAACGACGCAUCGACGAGGAGUGUAGACUCCCCGAGCCCAUGGUGUUGCUGGAGAUAUGCCAAGGCCUCAUCGACUACGAUGCAGCAACAAGUGUGGUUACACUGUCGCAUUCAUCGGUCAGGGCAUAUAUAACCUCCAGUAUCACGCGUGAAGGCGAGAUUGGCUAUUUUAGCUACGAUAUCUCUGGCAUACAUGCCGAUAUUGCCCAUAAAUGCUUAUCAUAUCUCCUUCUCGAAAGCUUCCAAGACGGAUGCUGCACCAACGAAGAGCUUGAGAGAAAGUUUCGCGACUAUCCUCUUCUUCGCUACGCCUCUCAAUAUUGGCCACACCACGAAAGAUUAACUGACCGCCAUGGACGCCACGAGACCUCUGCUUUGGCAUUUUGCCUAAGCCAUAAGAAAGCUGGUGGCGGCAACUUUAACUUCUGGGUUCAGUGUCUAUUGCCUUAUUCAUCGAGAGACACUAUUACGGCGACCGAGCCUCUGUACUACGCUUCUUCCUUCGGGCUUGCAGAUAUCGUCGCAAGUCUGCUGACAUCUGAAGGGGUAGAUGUUGACGCUCAGGGUGGUCGUUUCGAAUCUAGUGCAUUGCAUGCAGCAUGCUACAGAGGCCAUGUUGAAAUAGCCCGUCAGUUACUUGAGUGCGGCGCAGAUAUUAAUCUCUGUGAUAGUGAUGGUUGCACGGCGUUAUUUUGGGCAGAGAAGUUGGGACGAAGUGAUAUUGUUGAUCUUUUGCAGGAUCCUAAAUAUGCACAAACUCAAGGACGCAUUGUUGUCACACUCUCGGAUCUUGCCGACGAAAUCGACUAUCCGAUAUGGUUCUGCUGUACCUGCAAUGGCGCACGAACACGAGGAAGAUAUAAGCAUUGCUGGAGAUGUCGUCACGAGAAAUGCGAGAAGUGCAUCAAAGUGGCUGGCUUGGAGGAUGUUGAGAAGAUUCCAGAGUCGCAAAGCCGAUGGUUAUGUUGUAACUGUGAGGCGGGGCCUUUAAAGAUUGAGGCGAAGGACUGCCGAGAUUGUGAACAUGAGAAAUGUCGAAGGUGCUGGGUCUUUAAUGUUUCAAUUUGA